UAGCAGAGCGGGGAAGCUCCGGAGAGGUAGGCUGAGAAGUCGCUGGAUUGUCCCAUCCUGUAAGUGUGCUCUCUGGAGAGUGAACUCAUCGUGGUUGUGGAAGACUGCUUGGCCUUGCAACAGCCUGCAAUAGUUGCACCAUCUGGACCAAGAGGGCGCAGAGGCCGGGGACUCAGAGAGGAGAGCAGCAGCUGGAGUGGGUUUUGCAGCUUCUCCAGAUCUGCUCUUACUUAGAAACUAAGAGUCAAGCAGAGGCUGUGCUGAACAGACUUUGGAGCCAUGAAUAUAUUUGAUCGGAAGAUCAACUUUGAUGCCCUCUUAAAAUUUUCCCACAUAACUCCCUCAACACAGCAGCACCUAAAGAAGGUCUAUGCCAGUUUUGCACUAUGUAUGUUUGUGGCGGCGGCAGGGGCCUAUGUCCAUGUGGUCACACACUUCAUCCAGGCUGGCCUACUCUCCGCCCUGGGCUCCCUGGCCUUGAUGAUUUGGCUGAUGGCAACACCUCACAGCCAUGAGACUGAGCAAAAGAGACUGGGACUUCUCGCUGGCUUCGCCUUCCUCACAGGAGUCGGCCUGGGACCUGCCCUGGAGCUGUGCAUUGCUGUCAACCCCAGCAUCCUCCCCACGGCCUUCAUGGGCACAGCCAUGAUCUUCACCUGCUUCAGCCUGAGUGCCCUGUACGCCCGGCGCCGGAGCUACCUGUUUUUGGGAGGUAUCUUGAUGUCAGCCAUGAGUCUCAUGCUCCUGUCCUCUCUGGGGAACCUUUUCUUUGGCUCCAUUUGGCUGUUCCAGGCAAACCUGUACCUGGGGCUGCUGGUCAUGUGCGGCUUUGUCCUCUUUGAUACUCAGCUCAUUAUUGAGAAGGCUGAGCACGGAGAUAAGGAUUACAUCUGGCACUGCAUUGACCUCUUCCUAGACUUCGUUACCCUCUUCAGGAAGCUCAUGUUGAUCCUGGCCUUCAAUGAGAAGGACAAGAAGAAAGAAAAGAAGUGACCUACCGGCCAUCAGCCUUCCCCAGCUCACCUUCUCUCCCUUCCCCACCCUGUUUCUUUGCACACAUCACAGGUGUUGUGUUCUAUGAAUGAAAAGCAUCAGGAAAGCUUUUGUACUUUGUGGUUUUCUCUAUUUUGAAAUUUUUUGAUCAAAAAACUGAUUAGUGAAUAUAGUUUGGAGUUUGGCUUCGUGUCCUGGGUUCUUCCCCGCCCCUUUUCUGUCAGCCCAUCACAGCCACUUGCUCUGCUCAGGCAGCCAUGCACCAGAAGAAGUUAGAGUGGAAAAGUGCUGAGCCGCCGCAGACGGACCCCUGCUACUGACUGGACCCUCUCUGGCCCUGUGGCUCAGUUCUCACAGGUACAGUGAGACUGGGCAGCGAGGGGUUUGCCUGCCCCGAGGCCUGUGCCAGGCCUGCUGCUGCUGAGUGGACUCUGUGGAUGCUUCCUUCCUUUGCUGCCUAGUGGAGUCUGGCACACACCUUUCUGCCUUGCCAUGAUGAGAUGUAGAUUUGUGGGUGCUCUCUCCCACUCCUGAGCAGCCCUCAGGGAACCACCUGCUUUCCAUCUGUGGGGUGAGAGGCUUGAGUAUGGGAAGCGCUCGCUCUGAGUGUGUGUGGCAAGGUGGAGACAACAAUUCCAAGGUUCCCUAUUGUGUUUUUCUUUGUUGGUUCUUAAAAUUUUCAACCUUUGUUACUGAUGGGCCUUCACUAGGUGGCUGUGGUUAAAGUCUUGGGGAGAGGCUAGGAAAGGAGACCGGCUGAGGCUCAGGGCUAAUCGUACUGAGUAAGGACUGCAGCUCUUGGUGACCGUGCGGGGCCGGUGAGGUGGGACUGGUGACUCUCAGAAGCUUUUCAGUGCAUUUUUGUCUGUCUGCCUGGUCACGAUCCGGGAGGUCGGCAGAGCUGUGAGGUAGCAGUCGCUCACAGAUGCACUUCACUUAUUGGGUUUGUUGACCAGUUUCCAGAAAUUUUUGGUCUUUUGGGCAGAAGCCUGUUGACCAAACUGUGGGCCACCACAGUCUGCACAGAAAGGUGGCACCCGGAGUGGUUGUGGCCCUUGCUACCAAGCCACUGGCAGCCCAUUCCCAGUGGGAUGGAGGUUUGGCUUUCUUUGCUCAGAGCCAGUGCAGUUGACACAGUGACCACUGGGUCACUGCCCCAUGAGACUGCACUGGACUGGUGCAGCCAGAGUGACGCUGUGCAGAGAUGCUGCCGCCCUGCCUGCCUGGUGCCUCCCGCUGGCCUGAGCUUACUAAGGGAUGGCAGUAGCUCCCCAGGAAAACAAUACCGCGAGCCCUUGGGACCUGACUGAGUUCCACCUCCUGAAGCCAGACUCCACCUCUUGUGCUUUUUUGCUUGGGAAAAAGGAGUUUUUCUUUAGAAACAGUGCCAAGAAUGAUAAAGAUAUAAACUACUUUUAACUAAGAUGCCUAACAGGCUUUUAACACAGGUGUCCUUGUCAUCUCCACUCUGUCCCGGUCUCUGCCCCAGCUCAGGCUGCGUUCUCUAACUCAUACUGUGAAGACAACUGUGUUUUUGAUUAAAAAAAUAUAUCUACAUAGUCUUAAUUUGUAAAAAAUAAAGAAAAUUCCUUAACCUUUG